AUGGAGCUUUCCAAGGCAAACUACAAAAGCAAGUCUAUCUGUAUCACUCCUCAUCCCAUUAAGGAAAACGAUGGAUCUGAGCAUCAGGUGGUAGUGAAGCAUCCAGCUGUAUCUGCCACCGCUGGCAGGGAUGGUAAAAAACACAAAGAAUCUGUUGCAAAAGCAAAUGGGAGUUCCUUGCAUGCCAGCAAAAGGCACAUCCCCAGCAGGAAAGCCGCCAGCUCCAGGGAGAAAUCAGAAAAUCAAAGUCAGUCAAUAAACAGCAACAUCAGCCAUUGUGAAGAAACACCAGUGUGUGUUCGAAACAGUAACUUCACUAAUGGAAGCACAAAGAAUUCAAGGCAGUGUGAAAUGGCACUUAAAGGCAGCCCACAGCCGCUGAAAGCAAAAAGCAAAGAGUUAAACGCUGAGAGAUGGUCUCCCGCUGGCUCCAGCAGGCCUGGAAGUGCCACGGCAGGAAGUGUGAACAUCAGAAGAGACACUGUGAGGGCUGCCGUUACACAAACCAACAAGUCAGCAAAUGAGGACAGUGCCAGAAAGGCCUGCCCUUUGCUGCAUAACAGUGAAAGGACUACAAGGUUUGUGCCCAACAGACUGGCAAUGGGCAGUGUCUCCGGAGACCAUACAAAACUGGGCAGGCCAGCUCUGACUGCAUCCGGGCAUGCAGAAGGGCCACUGGGCUCCCUUCAGCACAGGAACACCAAUAUUGAACUUAUCCCAGUAGCCAUCCGGAUGCAGGUCAUAGAGAAGGAAAGGGCAAGGAAGGAGUUGUUCCGGAAGAAGAACUGUGCUGCUGCUGUUAUUCAAAGAGCAUGGAGAAG